AUGAGCUGUUAUGCAUUGGUCACAGCCACGAUUGCCAUUACCUCGAAGACGAAAGAACAGAUUCUAUGUGCACGAAUCCUCAAUUAUGUGUACAUUGGCAUGGAACUUUCGGUUAUGCCCAUUUUUCAAUCUGAAUUCGCUCCGGCCCAGGUCCGAGGAUUCAUUGUUGGGACCUACCAGUUCAGUUUGAUCAGUUGA